UGUUGUGGAGAAAGAGAAAGAAGAAGGUCUAGGAUUAGGAAAGGGGAGGGGCUGGCGGAGGAGCCUGCAUAGCAACAAUGCAAAGCACCCUAACAUUCCGUUUGCAAAAACUGUAAACCGUUGUUGUUACCAGAAUCCCCAUAAAUCGUAGCCCCCCUCAGUGGCCGCACCAGAAAAUGACUUCUCCAUGUUCGUCUCAUCAUUGUUUUUGAUUGAUUUGUUUGUUGUAAUCCCUAAUAUCAAAAGACGUAGCCAUGCGGUGGUUACCAUCCAAUAUAUUCACCCCUCCUCAUCCUCAUUCCUCCUCUUCUUCUACUUCGCAUUCUCCGUCUUCUUCGCUUUCAUCUUCGCCGUCCAAUCCUCCACCACCUGCUUUGUCAGCAUUUCCAUCCAGUGGCCGAACGCUGCAGACAUCCACGUCCACUUCCUCCCUAACGGACCUUCUCCACCCGAGGAAGAAACCUUCCCAGGACUGGACGCGCCGCGCCUGGAUCUUCGGAUGCGGGAUAAGGCCCUCACAAGAUGAUGACCUGGACGACGACGACUCCGACGCCGUUGUUCCCAUGGCUCGUUCCAAAAGCAUCAACGACCGCACCUAUACACGAUCCCAAACCUCAUCUUCCACUUCUUCCGCGAUUACUGUUGCUCCUCAGCCCUUGCCCUUGCCGGCGGAGCUCUCCUUCCACCGCGGAUACCGCCAUAGCUCCGUUGAACGACGUUCGCCAUCUCCAAAGCGCCACGCCAGCGGGAACAACUUUUUCUCCUCCUCCUACAAAGGCCUUGACGAACGCGAACUUCGAGUUGAUGCCCUAAUCAUCGAUUCUGUCCCCGUCGCCAAUCCCUAUCCUCCCAUGCGAAGUGUAUUUGCGAGCGCAAGAAACAGCAAUGAUUCGAUGGAAAGAAGAGUGCCAGGUGUAGGACCACAAGAAAACGGUGGUUAUGGAGGAGGAGAUAACAACCAGAGGAUGAGCGUGUCAUCGUCAAAGAGUGCUCCAGGUAGCCUCUUUGAAAGCCCAACAAUAAGUCCACAGAACAUGAGAAACGAUGACUUUGUUCCGUACCAGUACACGCCACCAAAACAUAACCAUUUCUGGUCUGCACCUGAGAUCAUAGGAGGAGGAGGAGGAGCAUUCUUUGAUUUGUCUCCAAAGGGGAUGGAUGCUAACAGUAAUCAUUCUCCCCACCACAGUCCAAAGGGAACCUUGACCCCACGCCAUGGCAACUCCAAAAGCCCAACAAGACCUUCUUCCCCCAUACAGACCAUGUCCAUUGACAACUUCAAACCUCAAGCUAGCUUUCGCCGCGAUGUUAUUAUUGGCCCUAUCAACAAUGUUCAUCCCUUACCCUUGCCUCCUCCCACGGCCUUGACUUCACCUACUGCUGCUCAUGCACAGUCCCAAGCUGGCAGAAAUGAAUCCUGUUCAAUGCAGAGCCAAUGGCAAAAGGGAAAACUCAUUGGUCGAGGUACCUUUGGAAGCGUCUAUGUCGCUACCAAUAGAGAAACUGGAGCAUUGUGCGCAAUGAAAGAAGUAGAAAUAUUUGCUGAUGAUCCAAAAUCUAAAGAGUGUAUAAAACAGUUAGAGCAGGAGAUUAAAAUUCUUAGUAACCUGAAGCAUCCAAACAUUGUGCAAUAUUAUGGUAGUGAAAUAGUUGGAGACAAGUUUUACAUUUAUCUGGAAUAUGUCUAUCCAGGUUCAAUAAACAAAUACGUCCGGGAACAUUGUGGUGCAGUAACGGAAUCCGUUGUUAGGAAUUUCACUCGCCAUAUUCUUUCAGGGCUAGCUUACUUGCAUAGCACGAAAACAAUUCAUAGGGACAUCAAAGGGGCUAACUUGUUAGUUGAUUCUACCGGAGUUGUCAAGCUCGCUGACUUUGGGAUGUCUAAACAUCUAACUGGGCAUGCUGCUGAUCUUUCUUUGAAGGGAAGCCCAUACUGGAUGGCGCCAGAGCUUAUGCAUGCAGUUAUGCAAAGAGAUAACAACUCUGAUCUAGCUUUAGCUGUUGAUAUUUGGAGUUUGGGUUGCACGAUUAUUGAAAUGUUCACAGGGAAGCCUCCUUGGAGCGAAUACGAAGGAGCGGCAGCUAUGUUUAAGGUUUUGAGGGAUAUACCUCCUAUACCUGAACAAUUGUCAUCAGAGGGAAAAGAUUUCCUAAGACGUUGCUUCAGAAGAAAUCCAGCAGAAAGACCAAAUGCAUUAAUGUUGUUAGAUCAUCGAUUUGUGAAGCACUUCUAAGAUGCAGCCAAAUUAAGCACCUGCUACUUAGCUCCCUCUGUACACCCUCAGCUUUCUGUUAUUGUAGGUUCUCCACAGAGGUUAUCACUGAUGCCUCUUAAAGUAACAAGCAUCUAAUAAUUUGUAAUUGUAUGGUGCUAUUUUUCUCUAAGAGAAUCUAGAAGCAGAUUGUAUAAGUAUUAUUAUAUACUAAUUAGGGCGCUUUAGUUACCGAUAUCUACUCGUACGAAGACAUUUUUGUGUGAAAAUAAUAAUUGAGAACUUAUAA